UUGCUAAACAAAUCCUCCAGUCCCUCCCUCUGGACUGACUACAUCUCUAGCCCACCCACCUCCACUCCCCGCCAGAAGCUGCUACCUGCCAUGCUGGGCCCGGUUCUCCUGAGCCUCAGCCUGGUAGCUUCACUGGACCUCAGGACCAGGGCCUCCUUGUGCCUGUCCCGGCAGCUCAGGGCACAAGGGGACUAUGUGCUGGGUGGGCUCUUCCCACUGGGCUUGGCUGAAGAGGCCAACCUCUACCACAGGAUACGACCCAAUGGUAUGGUGUGCACCAGGCUCUCAUCCCUGGGUCUGUUUCUGGCAAUGGCUAUGAAAAUGGCAGUGGAGGAGAUCAACAACGGGUCCACCCUGCUGCCUGGGCUGCGUCUGGGCUAUGACCUGUACGAUACCUGCUCAGAGCCUGCGGUCACCAUAAAGCCCAGCCUCAUGUUCUUGGCCAAGGCUGGCAGCUACCACAUCGCCGCCUACUGCAACUACACACAGUACCAGCCCCGCGUGCUGGCAGUCAUCGGGCCUCACACGUCAGAGCUUGCCCUCAUCACUGGCAAGUUCUUCAGCUUCUUCCUCAUGCCACAGGUCAGCUACAGUGCCAGCAUGGAUCGGCUGAGUGACCGGGAGACAUUCCCAUCCUUCUUCCGCACGGUGCCCAGCGACCGAACACAGCUAGAGGCCAUUGUGAUGCUGUUGCAGAAAUUCAGGUGGAACUGGGUGGCAGCCCUAGGCAGCAAUGAUGACUACGGCCGGGAGGGUCUGAGUAUCUUCUCAGGCUUGGCCAACGCGCAGGGAAUCUGCAUUGCACACGAGGGCCUGGUGCCACUGGUCCAUGCCAACAAGCAGCCGCUGGACAAGGUCCUAGAGGUCCUGCAACAAGUGAACCAGAGCAACGUGCAGGUGGUGGUGCUGUUUGCUUCUGCCCGAGCCGUCCACUCCCUCUUCCGUUACAGUAUCCACCACAAACUCUCACCCAAGGUGUGGGUGGCCAGCGAGGCCUGGCUAACCUCAGACCUGCUCCUGACACUGCCCAACAUCGCCCAGGUGGGUACUGUGCUCGGCUUUAUACAGCGGGGCAUGCUGCUGCCCGAGUUCUCCCAGUAUGUGGAGGCCCGCCUGGCCCUGGCCGCUGACCCGGCCUUCUGCGCCUCACUGAAUGCUGAGCCGGACCAGGAGGAGCGUGUGAUGGGGCCACGUUGCCCACAGUGUGACCACAUCACGCUGCGCAACCUGUCGGCCUGGCUGCUGCAGAACCUGUCAGCUGGGCAGCUGCACCACCAGAUCUUUGCCACCUAUGCAGCUGUGUACAGCGUGGCCCAGGCCCUUCACACCACCCUGCAGUGCAACGCCUCCAGCUGUGCGGCUUCAGAGCUGGUGCAGCCCUGGCAGCUCCUGGAGAACAUGUACAACCUGAGCUUCUGGGCUCGAGACCUGCAGCUGCAGUUCAACGCCAAUGGGAACGUGGAGAUGGAGUACGACCUGAAGAUGUGGGUGUGGCAGAGGCCCACACCCAGGCUGCGCACUGUGGGCACCUUCAACGGCAGCCUUUGGCUACAGCCCUCACAGAUGUGGUGGCCAAGCAAUGAGGUGCCAGUGUCCCAGUGCUCCCGGCAGUGUGCGGAGGGCCAAGUUCGCCGAGUGAAAGGCUUCCACUCUUGCUGCUAUGACUGUAUGGACUGCAAGGCAGGCAGCUACCGGCAGAGCCCAGACGACCUCACCUGCACCCCAUGUGAACAGGACCAGUGGUCCCCAGAGCGCAGCACACGCUGCUUUCCCCGCACCCUCAGGUUCUUGGCCUGGGGGGAGCCCACUGUGCUGCUCCUGCUCCUGCUGCUGGGCCUCGUGCAGGGACUGACCCUGGCUGCACUAGGGCUCUUUCUGUGCCACCGGGAGAGCCCACUGGUCCAGGCCUCAGGGGGGCCGCUGGCCUGCUUUGGCCUGGCCUGCCUGAGCCUCUUCUGCCUCAGUGUCCUCCUGUUCCCAGGCCAGCCGGGCCCUGCCAGCUGCCUGGCUCAGCAGCCCCUGGCCCACCUCCCACUCACAGGCUGCCUGAGCACACUCUUCCUGCAGGCAGCUGAGACCUUUGCAGAGUCAGAGUUGCCACCAAGCUGGGCAGCCUGGCUACGUGGCCACCUGCGUGGACCCUGGGCCUGGUUGGCGGUGCUACUGGCUGUCCUGGGGGAGGCAGCGCUGUGUGCCUGGUACCUAGCAGCUUCACCACCACGAGUGGUGACCGACUGGCAGGUGCUGCCCACAGAGGCGCUGGUGCACUGCCAAAUGCACUCCUGGGCGAGCCUGGGCCUGGUGCACAUCACCAAUGCCACGCUGGCUUUCCUCUGCUUCCUCGGCACCUUCCUGGUGCAGAGCCAGCCUGGUUGCUAUAACCGUGCCCGUGGCCUCACCUUUGCCAUGCUUGCCUACUUCAUCACCUGGAUCUCAUUUGUGCCCCUCCUGGCCAAUGUGCAGGUGAUCUACCAGCCCGCUGUGCAGAUGGGCACCAUCCUGUUCUGUGCCCUGGGCAUCCUGGCCAACUUCCACCUGCCUAAGUGCUACCUGCUUCUGUGCCAGCCCAGCCUCAACACCCCGGAGUUCUUCCUGGGAGGGGGUCCCAGGGCUACAGCAGACGAGGGCAGCAGUGGUGGUGGAGGGGGGGCUCAAGAACACAACGAGUGAGCCUGGCCCAGCGCCUCACUCACAGGAACCCUAGCCCCAGGAGGAACCCCUCUGACCCAGUGAUCCUCAGUCAGCACCCCCAGAUCUCAAUGCCAUCUCCAAGUUGUUGGCAGAUUUCAACUCCAUAGUGGCCCCUGGAUCUUCAAAAGGCGGGAGCGUCUCUGUAGUGCCAUACCACCCUCUCCGAGGCAGGUUCCAUGCAGGAUCCUAUUACGCGUGCCCCAGGCCGAGCCUGUGCAGGGGGAUGGGCACACUGCCCUGGGUGGUGGCCCCUGAGAGUUUCUCACGAACCCAUAACCAUACCCGGAGCUCAAGGAAGGCCUGGGAAGCCAGUACUACUUGCUGAAUUGGUUACGCUCAAUCUGGGGCCCCCACCCAGCACCUCACCCAGGCUACCACAGUGGAAGGCUGGGCAUGGGUGGCAAACAUGGCAGAAGCCUUUCCAAGGGAGGAAGGAAGGCGCUCAGCUUCCUUCUUCUGAACCCAGCCCCACUAGUAGGAAAGGGUCACCGGUUCUAUGCCAGCACCAGCACCUCGGACAGAGCCCAGGGGGUCAGCACCAUGGCCAGCACCAGCCACCAGGACCCCUUAAUGUCAGAAGUCAGCACCAAGGACAGAAAGCUGGCCAGCAUCAGGGGC